CGGGUGUCGGCCAUUCGAUGAAACAAUGAUUUGCUUAUGUUAGUUACGGUUUGUCGUUUCCAAUAGUUUAAAGUGUUAUUACGUUCCAUUCUAUAAUUUCAUCCAUCGCCCCAUGACUUGUGCUUUUUAGUAUAUUACUAUUACUGCGGUUUACGUUAAAAAACUUUUGUCAUUGUCUAUUGUUUGACCAAAUUGUCUGUGUUCAUUUAUUAAUACAUAUCUUUUAUAAGUACGACUUCUACUUUUACUAUUAUAUUUGCAAUGGAUUCCGAAAUCUCCAACAAUGGCGCUGAUGUUGGAAAACUGUCAAAGGACGAACUUAAAGUGUACGAUCGGCAAAUACGUCUAUGGGGCCACGAUGGACAGAAAAAGUAUUCAUCAUUCAGUAGACGGUUAAAAUAAUUAUAAUGAAUAUUUAUUAACAUGUGUUUUAAUAUUAGGUUGAGUUCAUGGAAUGUUCUUUUAAUUGGAUUACAAGGUUUGGGUGCUGAGAUUGCUAAGAAUUUAAUAUUAUGCGGGGUCCAUUCAAUUACUCUUAAGGACCCCUCUGAUGUCUCAAUUUUAGACCGUUGUUCGCAGUUUCUAAUACCUCCAGAUAGUGAGCAGCGAAAUGUAAGUAUUUAGUUGCAAAAUUUAUCUUGCAGUACCAUUGUACCAAGUAUGACUAAUUGGUUUGUUGUGUUAUAAUCAAAAUGGAACAAGUCUAGUUUACUGGACACCCUUUGUUCUCUAAUUUUUUUUUUUUUUCAAAUACUUAUUUUUUAAUGCUGAUUUUGGAAUUGUUUGAUUUUUGUUGCGGAUUUCAUUUUUAAAGAAUUUAUUGAAGUUUGAAGUUCAUUGUAUGAACAUAGGUGCACCUAGAGACCUAGCGGGGUCACUCGCUCGGACUAUUUUAAACGAUAGUAAUCCUCGAUUUGCUGUGCAAUAUCAUGUCAGGUGGUUUAUGAUCACAUUCCCGUCUGACAUUUACUCAUCCGAUUAAUUUCUCUGUCCAACUAACCUCAAAUAAACACGCCCAUAAACAAUAAAUAAGUGAAUUUUAACAUCUUGUAUAAUUAUUGUAAGGUUAAUAAAUCUGUACAUUUUUUUUAAAAAAAAAGUAUUUAUUAUCUAUUUAUGUCAUUGUAUGAGUGAGUCACAUGGCUGGUUUAGCUGAAUUUGACAUAUGCGAAAACAUAUCAUAUUACUAGUGUAAUGGUACUUUGUUACAAACAGUCUUUUGACAACCAUCGUUCUUAUAAUAAUAUAUUAUCCACUAAUAAUCUUAUUUAGUCUUGUGUAUUAAAUAUUUUAUUAUAAUUAUAUUUUUGAAAGUUGAUUUUCUUUUUUUUAUUUCUUAUUUAUUUAAGUCUCAAUUAUUUAUUAUGGCCUUAGAAUAUGUAAAAAAUACAAAAUAAAAAACAUUUAAAAAGAGAAAUACUGGUAGUUUUAGUUUAGGAAAAUAAGUGGUUUUUUGAGGUUAAUUGGACGAGAAUAUUAAUUGGAAGGGGAUGUGACUUGCUACCUUUCAGGUAGGUAAUAGUGAAAAAAAUUGACUUAAUUGAGCUUUGGGGUAAAAUCAAAAUGUUUAACACAUCAUAUGCAAAUUAAACUCAUGUUUUUCUACAAAAAAAAAAUUAACAACUAUGUAUUUAAUAGAGAUGUGACAAAUUGUUAGAUUUUCGAACUGAAAAUUGUAAAUAAUCAAACUUAAUCAAAUACUAAAUAGUUCAUUCCGAACCCUAAAAUUGUUAAUAUAAUAUAAUAAUUAAUAAUAUACCUAUAAUUUUAAUAUUUUUUGACAUAACUUAACCUUUUUACUUUUUUAAUGUUAGUAUUGGAUAAAAUAUUUUUAUAGUUCGAUUCGACUUAAAAAAUCAGGGUUUGUAACAACCCUAGUAUUUAAGCAAAAACUAUAAUAACAAGAAACUUCCAUAACAAACCAUAAUCUUCCGCAAACAAAUUUUCAUCAGUUCUGAAAUCAACAUCAAAAAACAUGUAUUAAAAAAAAAAAGUACAUAGGUACAUUAUUUUUUAUUUCAUAUGGCGUUUUGGUGAAAAAUAUACAUACAUAAACUGUUUAAAAUGCCAAACUAGAUAACAACUAAAUAUAUACUUAAUACAUACUAAAACUAAGUAAUAACCUAAUAAUCUAAUAACUCAUAACUCAUAAAAUUUAAAUGAAUUAUACAAAACCGUAAACUUUAAGGUAUAUAAAAUUAAAAAUAGUACAUAAAUGACUACAGUAACAUAUAACGUUGAGGGUAAUUUAAAUGGUAACCAUGAAAUAGACAAAAAAAACUUAUUUCCAUCUCUAGAGACGCACCACUAUGUUAAGUAGCCAAUCUUGUGCCUCAAUGUCGCCUUUGUGGAGCCUUUCUGUUCCUACUUAAUAUUUUGGUAGUGAGCAUGACUCAACAACAUGUUUAAUGAUUUGAAACUGCUUCCCACAUUCAUAGAGUGGAGAAUACCAUUUUUCAUUUAUGUAUAAGAAACUUACACUUUCCCUGUUCUGUUCUGAUAUUAUUUAAGGCAGUACACAUUGCACGGAAAAGUUACCUAGAUACUAAACAACAAUAUAAAAUAUAAAUAUAAAUAACAAAAUAAGCAAUUUAUAAAAAAUAUUUGAAAAUUGUUUGUCAAAUUAUUUACAAACAAACAAAUUUUCCAAAUUUGAUGCAUAUUGUUUUAGUGUGUAUAUUAUUGUUAAUAUUUAAUUGAGAAAUUAUCAUAAAACAAUUUGUUUAACAUUAACUGUUAGUUUUGAUUUUAAUUAACUUCUAACAGACAAAAUAAAUAUAUUUGUAGGUAGGUAUUUGAAAGUUAUAAUUAAUUUAAGACUGUUGCGAUCAAUUAUGUAAGUAAAACUAAUAUUGGAUUAGCAUAAUUAGCUACUAUUAUUUUAGUUUUAAGAAAAUCAUUUUUCUAUUUUAUUUUCUUCUUUUGUAGAUUUGAUAUUCAAUAAUUUUUAUUAAGUUUUUAUCUUAUAUAAAUUUUAAAUAUAUACCUAGGUCAUACAGUUAUAAGUAUUUGUCUUUUAUCAGUAGAUCACAUUUUGAUAUUGGGCCACACCUUAAUAGACCUCUACCAAAAUAUAGUUUUUGUCACCCAAAAUCACUAGUAAUUAGUAAAAUAUAUAUUUGCGAAUAGCUAUGUAAUAAGAAUAAUAAUAUUUAUUUUAUUGUAGCGGGCUAAAGCUAGUUUAACAAAUGCUCAAAAAUUAAAUCCCAACGUCAAAGUCACAGCCGAUACAAAACCCAUUGAUGAAGAGGAUGAACAUUUUGUCACAAAGUUUGAUAUUGUUAUUGCCACUGAAUGCUUUCCUGCGACUUAUAAAAAAUUAAAUGAAAAUUGUAGAAAAAAUCAAGUAAAAUUGUUUAUAGCUGAUGUAUUUGGUUUGUUUGGCUAUUUUGUUCAGGAUAUGUAAGUAAAAAUGUAAUUUAGUUAACAAAAUGUAAAAUUAAUAAUUUUAUUGUUUUUAGCACUUUUGAACACAAUUUGUAUCAUGAGAUUUUUCCAAACUAUGAUCAACGUAGUAAUGUUUCAGAAAACUGCCCGUUACCAUAUUAUUUAACAUCAGGUAUGUAUAAUUAUAAAAUAAAGUAAGAGUAUUAUUGAUUUUUAAAAUAUUUUAGCAUUAUUGAGAUUUCAAUGCGAAUCAAAUCGAAAGCCUAAUCCAGAUACUUGUGAGGAAGAUGUUGAAGAACUUAAGUCUAUAAUUUCAUCUUUUGAACAAAUUACAGAUAUUGAGGCAUAUGAUGAGUAUUUCGGGUAAUUAUAAUUAUAAUUCUUUAAAUUUAACAUUAAUAUUAAUAAUAAAAUGGUUAUUUCAGUGAACUAUUUUGCGAAAUGAGUCCAACUACCUCUAUUAUUGGUGCAAUGGUAGCUCAGGCAGCAAUGAAUACUAUUAUGGACAAGACAGUUGAGGAUUUUAAUGUAUUUUUUUAUGAUCACGUGGAACAUAGAGGACAAUAUUUUAAGUUGUAAAAUAUUAUGAUAUAAAAUUAGACUGGUUUUUU